UGACACUUCACGCUGACAGAUGAUAAUAAAAUUCAGUACUGUCUAAAAGAAAUAUCGUUUUCGUCUCGGGAUAUAUUUUUAUAUUUUCGGGUGUAAUUUAUAUGAAAGUUUUGUAAAAUUGUACUAGUAAAAUGCUAUCUUCUCUACUGCGACAACGCACAAUCACUCUUAGGGUCGGUAACCUAGUGACACAAAAGCGGCGUGCAACACAAUAUUUGACUUAUUCAAAUCUGCGUUAUGGAGUGCUGCAGCAACGCUUCGACGCUAGCAGUGUGUCCCUUGUACCGCGAGCAAUCUCCAUAAACUCACGUAACUACUGCACUAAUCACAAAAAAGAUGAAGAGGAAGAUUUGGAAGUUGAGUCGGCAGAAUACGUGGUGAAUAAGGAUCCGCAGUUGCCGGCGACAGUGGCGGUGCCGGAAGUGUGGCCGCAUUUACCGCUGCUGGCGACACGACGUAAUCCAGUUUUUCCGCGUUUUAUGAAAAUUUUAGAGGUUUCAAAUCCGUUGGUAAUUGAUUUAAUACGGCGCAAGGUCAAGUUGAAUCAACCGUAUGUGGGUGUAUUUAUGAAGAAGGACAAUGAGAAUGAAUCGGAAACUGUCGAAAAACUUGACGAUGUAUACAAUGUGGGUACAUUUGCGCAAAUACAAGAACUUCAAGAUUUGGGCGAUAAGCUGCGCAUGGUGGUUGUGGCACAUAGACGCGUUAAAAUAACUGGGCAAAUUUUAGAGGACCUGGUCCCAACGACGAAAGAGAAGAAGACGACAAUACAUUUUCCACUCUUUAAUGUAAAAUUGAACAUCCCAGCUGAAGAACAACCAAACGAUUUGGAACGACGUAAAUUAGCACGAAAAAUUCGCUCUGGCCGCUUGUCCAAACGCGACGUAAAUCAAGGCGCCAAAGUGCCUGCUGAGAAAUCAGAAGAAGUAACACCAACAACAACUACAAAUGCUGUACCCCCUGCAACAGGCACAACCCAAGUGCCACCAACAACUGGUAACAUUCCCCAACCUGUGCUUAUGGUGGAAGUGGAAAAUGUUAAGCAUGAACAGUACAAGCAAACCGAAGAGGUUAAAGCACUCACACAAGAAGUGAUAAAAACUAUUAGGGAUAUUAUAACAAUGAAUCCGUUGUACAGGGAAAGUUUGCAGCAAAUGUUGCAUCAAAAUCAGCGUGUGGUCGAUAAUCCAGUUUAUCUGUGUGAUUUAGGUGCAUCACUCUCCGCUGCUGAGCCAGAGGAGCUUCAAAAGAUCAUGGAAGAAAUGGAGAUACCGAAGCGUUUAUUGCUUGCUUUAGCUUUACUGAAAAAAGAGUUGGAGCUUUCGAAGUUACAGCAGAAAAUUGGGCGCGAGGUUGAGGAGAAGGUAAAGCAACAGCAUCGCAAAUAUAUACUCCAAGAACAGCUUAAAGUGAUUAAGAAAGAACUGGGUAUAGAAAAAGACGACAAGGAUGCGAUUGGCGAAAAAUACCGCGAAAAGUUGAAAGACAAAACUGUGCCCGAAAAUGUAAUGGCUGUCAUUGAUGAAGAAUUGAAUAAGCUGAAUUUCUUGGAGAGCCAUAGUUCAGAAUUCAAUGUUACACGCAACUACUUAGACUGGCUAACUUCACUGCCGUGGGGCGUUACGAGCACGGAAAACUUGAGCUUAGAACAAGCACAGGAAAUCUUGGAUCAUGACCAUUAUGGUAUGGAGGAUAUCAAGAAACGUAUUUUGGAAUUUAUUGCUGUAAGUCACUUGAAGGGCAGCACUCAGGGCAAAAUUCUUUGCUUCCAUGGGCCACCGGGUGUGGGCAAAACCAGUAUAGCGCGCUCCAUUGCACGCGCCUUAAAUCGGGAAUAUUUUCGGUUCAGUGUUGGUGGUAUGACCGACGUUGCUGAAAUCAAAGGACAUCGACGUACGUAUGUAGGCGCUAUGCCCGGCAAACUUAUACAAUGCCUCAAGAAAACUAAGACUGAGAAUCCGUUGGUGCUAAUCGAUGAAGUGGAUAAAAUUGGCAAAGGCUACCAAGGUGAUCCCAGUUCGGCAUUGCUUGAGCUCCUCGACCCCGAGCAAAACGCCAAUUUCCUCGAUCACUACCUCGAUGUGCCCGUGGAUUUAUCGCACGUACUCUUCAUUUGCACAGCAAACGUUAUUGAUACCAUUCCCGAGCCUUUGCGUGAUCGCAUGGAACUGAUCGAGAUGUCCGGCUACGUCGCCGAGGAAAAAGUGGCCAUCGCACGCCAAUAUUUGAUACCACAGGCAAUGCGUGAUUGUGGCAUCACCGGCGAUCACAUAACCAUUAACGAUGAUGCAUUGACGACGCUCAUUAAAAGCUAUUGUCGUGAAUCGGGUGUGCGAAAUCUGCAAAAACACAUUGAAAAGAUUGUACGCAAAGUAGCCUAUCGCUUUGUGAAAAAAGAAGGUAACUAUUUCACGAUCGCGGCCGACAAUCUAACAACGUUCCUGGGCAAACAUAUUUUCUCCUCCGACCGCAUGUACGAAUCUACACCACCCGGCGUGGUUAUGGGUCUGGCGUGGACCGCUAUGGGCGGUUCGUCGUUGUAUAUUGAAACGGCUGCUCGUAAAACUGGCAAGCUCACAAAGGACGAUGAUGUCAGUGGUUCAAUACACCUGACGGGCAAUCUCGGCACUGUUAUGAAGGAAUCUGCACAAAUUGCAUUGACUGUGGCACGCAAUUACCUGCGCGAUAUAAAAGCAGAUAAUACCUUCCUGGAGAAGGGACACAUUCACCUGCACGUACCUGAGGGUGCCACACCCAAAGACGGCCCCAGUGCUGGUGUGACCAUUGUGACGGCGCUGAUAUCAUUGGCAACGGAUCGCCCAGUACGCCAAAAUCUGGCUAUGACUGGUGAGGUGUCCCUCAAAGGCAGAGUAUUGCCCGUUGGCGGUAUUAAAGAGAAAACAAUCGCUGCGAAGCGCUCGGGUGUCACCUGCAUAAUAUUACCCGAAGAAAAUAAAAAAGAUUUCGCUGAAUUACCCUCCUACAUUACCGAUGGCAUUGAAGUGCACUUUGCUACCAACUACGAGGAUGUGUAUAAAAUCGCUUUUCCAAAUUAGUCCAACCUGAAAGUGUUCUAAGAAACAAAACUUAGCACCCGAAUGUAACUUAUCGUAAUGCUAAGCAUUACAUGGAUUCACUACUACUUAUAUAAUUAAAUUGUAAUCAUUAAAAAAUCUGUAAUAUGGUUAUAGGUUAUUAGUAUUAAACAAAUUUGUAUUUAAUAAACCGUUUCUGAAACGUGCAAAUUAA